AUGGCAACACGAGGAGAUACACAAAACAACGACUCUAACAACGAUAACAGCUCCGCGAGCAGGACGGAUGACAACGGAGUCGCACGCGAGCUUACGGCGACAUACUAUUCCAGCUUCCCCAACAGGUCAAAUUUGCGGAAUGCCUUUCGAAACCUUGAUAAUCCCAUCCACUUUGCGGAAUGUCGGGGUUGUUUGGUAGACGAAGCAACACGAAACUUCGUAGUCGAUUUCGGGAACGAUGAGGCAGGCCCAAAUCGCUCGAGACGAGAUGGAUAUCCUUUUUAUAUGAACCUUGACAUGACUGACUGGACUUAUCACAGUAAUAUAUGGUCACCUGAACUUCAACGGGAGGUAGCCCAGACCGUAACGAGCGACUAUGGAGUUUCAGCACGUCUCCAAGCAAUGAUGGUUUCGGAACCUGAUACCUCCCCCAGCAACCCAGCAGACUCUGUCAAUCGCCCACCCUUAAGCAAAACAGAGCCUGAGCUAGAAAGAAAAUCCAUGCGAUCUUCCCCAGAAGACCUGGAGCGAGGGCAUCAGCUUGCGGGCCUCCAACGGGUAGAAACGGCAUUUUCUUCGCUCGACGGAGCCGGGUUUAGCAAAAUUUCACUCGCCCAGGUCGUCAAUAAGAUAUGGCAUUUUUCGUCGGUGGAUUAUGGGCAGAAAUAUCUCUGUUUGGGGUAUAAUUCGCUUCAUGUGGCUUCCGGUGUUCAUUUUGGAACUUUGCCGGGAAAACCGGAUGGUAAAAGGGUCUGGACAUGGCUCCUAAUAUGUGAUGAUGGAACCGUAAUAUCGAUUCAUGAAAAUCCAUUUCCCUGCCCAAGUGAAAUGCCCCAGAAACAGCGGCAGAAAGCUCUCGAGGUAAUUCGACGUAAUACAAAUUUAGUAUUUUCUGGAAUAUCAUCGCAGCAUAUUGCUAGCGAACAUAGCAAUCCGCUAAUGACUACGUAUGUGCGGAAUUUUCCGAAUGAGACGGGCACAGCAGCAGUUAAGCCUGGAGAAGGCCCUAGCUUGCUCUUCUACUAUCUAUUUGACAAUUGGCCCGCAAACUAUAAUCUAGUUGUUGGGAGGGAGCAUUCGUACAACGCUGCUCUUGAUAGUUUAAGAAAACGUAUGCUGGAACGAGCUGAGGUUGGGCUAAUUGACGAGCUGCACACGCUUGGCAGGCAGCUCGCAGUCCUCCAACGGCUCUAUCAGAGCUAUGACUUGAUUGUGAAUCGCAUUCUUAAAAGGCAGCGUUUGCUUCGAGAGGAGGUUCGCAUCUCCCAGUCUGGACCCGGUCUCCACGACCACCACAAUCAUCAGAGUCAACAAUAUCAUGGUGGCAGCCCUUUUGGGUUGGAUUUCCUUAAUCGAGCAAAUACCUCAAGAUCGAUGGCGUUUGACGAGACGAAUCCGACGGACCUGGGUGGCGUCCAGCUCAGUUCUGCGGCCAUUGGCCGCUUCGAACGUCUUCUUGAUCGGAUUAGGCUGUACGCCUUAAGCGAAAUUGAUGGGUGCUUGACUGAAAAGGAGUCAAUGACGUUCAUGGUCUUCAAUUUAAUCGCCGUCAAAGACUCACAGGCAGUCGAAAGGUUGACUCGAACUACAAUACUCAUAGCCAAGGCAACCGUUUUAUUUCUCCCUGUGACUCUGAUGACUGGAUAUUUCUCGACGCAGAUCAAGGAGCUUGAAGGUGUAUAUACGGUUAAACAGUAUUGGGUUUCCUUUGCAGUGCUCCUGGCGCUGUCCGCAAUAGUUCUCGCAGUGUAUGGGUGGGCCACUGAUACAGUGGAAGGCAAGACCAUCUAUGUGUCCUUUGCAAAGAGUUUUUAUCGUUCUUCUGCAGCAGCUUUGGGGAGAAAGAAACACAAGGUUAAAUAG